ACCUGGCCGGCGGCUCUACUGGAGACGCUCUAGCCGAAGCGCCGCUCUCGAUGAGCCGCGCCCUGCGUCCCCACGCCGAGGCGGCGGGGCGAUGCGCUUGCGUACUGAGGGCUCACACCAUAUGUGCCCUGUCCCAGUGCGCGGGUCUGUGGAGAGCCGGGUGCGAGAGGCGGCGGCGCGAGGGGGACCGAGCCGAGCGGGCAUUGGAGUCAGCCGGGAGACAGUGGGUCUGUGAGACACCGAACCGAGGGGCCGGGGCCGCGAGCGCCGUUGACAAGCGAUGGGGAAGAAACAGAAAAACAAGAGCGAAGACAGUACCAAGGAUGAUACUGAUUUGGGCGCCUUGGCUGCAGAAAUAGAAGGAGCUGGUGCUGCCAAGGAGCAGGAGCCUCAGAAGUCAAAGGGAAAGAAGAAAAAGGAGAAAAAGAAACAAGACUUUGAUGAGAACGACAUUCUGAGAGAGCUGGAGGAGUUGUCUCUGGAAGCCCAAGGCAUCAGAGCUGACAGAGACGCCGCUGCAGUCAAGCCUACAGAAAACAAUGAAGAAGAAUCUGCCUCAAAACAAGAUAAAAAGAAGAAGGGACAAAAAGGCAAGAAAACAAGUUUUGAUGAGAAUGAUAGUGAAGAAUUGGAAGAUAAAGAUUCAAAGUCAAAAAAGACUGCCAGACCUAACUCAGAGGCACCCCUUUCUGGGAGUGAGGAUGCUGAUGAUUCUAAUAAACUUUCUAAAAAAGGUAAAAAAGCCCAGAAAUCCACGAAAAAACGGGACGGGUCAGAAGAGGAUGAAGACAAUAGCAAAAGAAGUAAAGAACGUUCGAGAGUAAACUCCUCUGGUGAAAGUGGUGGUGAGUCCGAUGAAUUUUUGCAGUCCAGAAAAGGACAGAAAAAAAAUCAGAAGAACAAGUCCGUUCCUACCGUAGACAGUGGGAAUGAGGACGAUGACUCUUCCUUCAAAAUUAAGACGGUGGCCCAGAAGAAGGCAGAAAAGAAAGAGCGCGAGAAGAAAAAGAGAGAUGAAGAGAAAGCGAAGUUGCGGAAGAUGAAGGAGAAAGAAGAGCUAGAGAAGGGCAAGAAGGAGCAGAGUAAACAGAGGGAGCCUCAGAAGAGACCUGAGGAGGAGGUGUUGACACUCAGAGGGACUCCUGACACAGGAGCUGCCUCGGAAGAGAAAGGAGACACUGCUGCAGCUCUGGAAGACGACAAUGAAGGAGACAAAAAGAAAAAAGAUAAGAAGAAAAAGAAAACAGAGAAAGAUGAGAAAGAAAAAGAGAAGAAGAAAGGCCCUAGUAAAUCUACUGUUAAAGCUAUCCAGGAAGCUUUGGCUAAGCUCAAAGAGGAGGAGGAGAGACAGAAGAGAGAGGAGGAAGAAAGGAUUAAGCGGCUUGAGGAGCUUGAAGCCAAACGAAAAGAAGAGGAACGAUUAGAACAAGAAAAAAGAGAAAGGAAAAAGCAAAAAGAAAAAGAAAGAAAAGAACGGUUAAAAAAAGAAGGAAAGCUGUUAACUAAGUCCCAGAGAGAAGCCAGAGCCAGAGCCGAAGUGACCCUUAGACACCUCCAAGCUCAGGGUGUUGAAGUGCCAUCAAAAGACUCGUUGCCAAAGAAAAGGCCAGUUUAUGAAGAUAAGAAGAAGAAGAAAACACCACAGCAGCUAGAGAGUAAAGAAGUAUCUGAAACUUUGGAAAUAAGUGCUCCUGUGGAAGCUGUGGACCAAGGAGGACCAGAAAAGGAAGAGACGCCACCUUCUGUUGAGCCAGAGGAAGAGGAAGACACCGAAGAUGCUGGCUUAGAUGACUGGGAGGCUAUGGCCAGUGAUGAGGAGAGAGAAAAAGAAGGAAAUAUGAUUCACAUAGAAGUAGAAGAAAACCCUGAGGAAGAAGAAGAGGAAGAAGAAGAGGAGGAGGAAGAAGAGAGUGAAGAUGAAGAAGAGGAAGGGGACAGUGAAGGCAGCGAUGGGGACGAGGAGGACUGCAAGCUGUCGGAUGAGAAGGACUCAGGGAAGGCUGGAGACACGAAGCCCAGCAAAGACGCUAGCUCAGACUCCGAGUACGACUCCGACGACGAUCGGACUAAAGAAGAGCGGGCGUACGACAAAGCGAAACGGAGGAUUGAGAAACGACGACUUGAACAUGGUAAAAAUGUAAAUACAGAAAAGCUGAGAGCCCCUAUCAUCUGUGUGCUUGGACAUGUAGACACAGGAAAGACAAAAAUUCUAGAUAAGCUCCGUCACACACAUGUGCAAGAUGGCGAAGCAGGUGGUAUUACACAGCAGAUUGGUGCCACAAAUGUUCCUCUUGAAGCUAUUAAUGAACAAACUAAGAUGAUUAAAAAUUUUGACAGAGAGAAUGUCCGAAUCCCAGGGAUGCUGAUUAUUGAUACUCCUGGACACGAGUCUUUCAGUAACCUGAGAAACAGAGGAAGCUCUCUUUGUGACAUUGCCAUUUUAGUUGUUGACAUUAUGCAUGGUUUAGAGCCCCAGACAAUUGAAUCAAUCAACAUUCUCAAAUCUAAAAAGUGCCCCUUCAUUGUUGCACUUAAUAAGAUUGACAGGUUAUAUGAUUGGAAGAAGAGUCCUGAUUCUGAUGUGGCUGUUACUUUAAAAAAGCAGAAGAAGAAUACAAAGGAUGAAUUUGAGGAGCGUGCAAAGGCCAUUAUUGUAGAAUUUGCACAGCAGGGUUUGAAUGCUGCUUUGUUUUAUGAGAAUAAAGAUCCCCGCACUUUCGUGUCCUUGGUACCUACCUCUGCACAUACUGGUGAUGGCAUGGGAAGUCUCAUCUACCUUCUUGUGGAGUUAACUCAAACCAUGUUGAGCAAGAGGCUUGCACACUGUGAAGAGCUGAGAGCACAAGUCAUGGAGGUUAAAGCUCUCCCAGGAAUGGGCACCACAAUAGAUGUCAUAUUGAUCAAUGGACGUUUGAAGGAAGGGGAUACAAUCAUUGUCCCUGGAGUAGAAGGGCCCAUUGUCACUCAGAUUCGAGGCCUCCUUUUACCUCCUCCUAUGAAGGAAUUACGUGUGAAGAACCAAUAUGAAAAGCAUAAAGAAGUGGAAGCGGCCCAGGGAGUAAAGAUUCUUGGGAAAGACCUUGAAAAAACCCUGGCUGGCUUACCUCUCCUAGUGGCCUACAAGGAUGAUGAAAUCCCAGUUCUCAAAGAUGAAUUGAUCCAUGAGUUAAAGCAGACACUAAAUGCUAUCAAACUAGAAGAAAAAGGAGUUUAUGUCCAGGCAUCUACACUGGGCUCUUUGGAAGCUCUUCUUGAAUUUCUGAAAACAUCAGAGGUGCCAUAUGCAGGAAUUAACAUUGGCCCAGUCCAUAAAAAGGACGUUAUGAAGGCUUCAGUGAUGUUGGAACAUGAUCCCCAGUAUGCAGUAAUUUUGGCCUUUGAUGUAAGAAUUGAACGGGACGCACAAGAGAUGGCUGAUAGUUUGGGAGUUAGAAUCUUUAGUGCAGAAAUUAUUUAUCACUUAUUUGAUGCCUUUACAAAAUACAGACAGGACUACAAAAAACAAAAACAAGAAGAAUUUAAGCACAUAGCAGUAUUUCCCUGCAAGAUGAAAAUCCUCCCUCAAUACAUUUUCAAUUCUCGAGAUCCAAUAGUAAUAGGGGUCACUGUGGAGGCUGGUCAAGUGAAACAAGGAACACCUAUGUGCGUUCCAAGCAAAAAUUUUGUUGACAUUGGGAUAGUAACAAGCAUUGAAAUAAACCACAAGCAGGUGGAUGUUGCAAAAAAAGGACAAGAGGUCUGUGUCAAAAUAGAACCUAUCCCUGGGGAAUCUCCCAAAAUGUUUGGGAGACAUUUUGAAGCUACAGAUAUACUUGUCAGCAAGAUCAGCCGGCAGUCCAUCGAUGCACUCAAAGACUGGUUCAGAGACGAAAUGCAGAAGAGUGACUGGCAGCUUAUUGUGGAGCUGAAGAAAGUAUUUGAAAUCAUCUAAUUUUCCCACCUGGGACAGAAUUUGGAGUGAUGUAAUAUUAUGUUGUGAUAUUACCAACGGAACAGACGUUUGGACGCUGAUGGACUUAGGUGUAUAAAAUGUUUUCCAUGAGAAACCAAGCAACUUACACUGGUUUGACAGUGGUCAGUUCCCCGCCCCACAGUCCAGCGUGCCUGCACUCACCCACCCUUCCUUUAAGACUUGGCUGCUGUUUUAAAGUUUGCCCUUCCUUCAAAUUUGGAUUUUUAUUACAAAUCUAAAUCUUUCAAUUUUAUACUGAUUAAAUCAGUCCUGCAGUAUUUGAUUAACCAAGCUUCUACAGAUUUUGUGAUUCUUGGGACUUUUUCGAUGUAAGAAAUAAGUUUAUGGGUAUUCUUUCCACAGUGACUUACCCUUCUCCCACCCUUAGCGACUUUUCUAACUAGAAAAUGUAGGUAGGGACUUCGCUUUUUCCUUCUGCUCUGUGUGCAGCCAUGGCUGGCUACAAUUACUGCUUGUACUAGUCAGGAGAGCUCAUUGGAACAAACUGCCAAUAAAGAGGAGACACUGCAGUCGAGUAGGUUCUGCUAGGCCUCCAUUCUAGCUCAUCAGCACCUGCUAACGCUUGCCCUCAGAGGGGCGCUCUGCAUACAUUCCAUUGUUUGCUUCUGCAUGAUUAGACCUCAGUGAUUCAUCCACACACCUCAUGACUAGACUGCAUAGUUACUCCUGAGGACCCAAUAGCAUCCUUUGAAGAAACCUGUUGUAGGAGAACUUGAAGUUCAGAGUGUUCAUUCGUUCAAAGUAUCCACUACAAAUGAAUGUAUUAUAAGAAAUGUGUUAUGACACAGCACACACUAGAGAAGAGAUAUUAUUUUCUCAACAUCAUCUCGAACUUGAGUUAGGUAAUAAAUCCCAGGCUAGGAUUUUAUUGGUUUUCCUUGUUCACAAAACUAGUAAAAUGCUGGCAUUGGACUGUUGAGCAAUUUCACAGCUUUUGGACAUCUGUAGCAGGCUGGCUUGGAGGUCCAGCCUUUAAGUAGAAUAAACUGUUGCUAGUUCCUUUAGGGAUUCACAAGAAAAAAAAAACCUGUACAAAAUAUACAUACAGUUCUUUAUUAAACAACUGUAAACACUUCACUGUAAAAAUCCAUAAAACUUUAUAAACAAACGUUUUGUAAAUAGAAUCUAUGCUACAAGUAAAAGAAUUAACACAAUUAUUUACAUGCAAUACUGACAAAUUUGGCACUUUUUUGAAAAGAAAUGUACAAAACACUUGCUUAAAAAGAAAUGUAGAAUUAUGAAAACUCAGAGCAUCACUAUCAUGCACUUUGCAAAUACCUCACAAGCACUGCUGGCACAGCGCAGAGAGCCCCAGGCCCUCUGCACAGCAGUCAGGUCACUUUCAGUGUGCUUCCAUAAGUCUGCUGUAAAACCACCUGAACAUUGUCAAGAAUAAAGUCAAACGCCAUGUUCCAUACAGACUCCACCGACUGCUGCAUCAACCUGAAGGUGAGGAAGAGGCACCACUGAAGAGAAAGCUCCAGCACGCAUGGUUGUCCUUCAGACUUAGCUUCAUUCUUGGUUUUUUUUUUCUUUUUUUUUUUGAACUGGAUACAGUGGCUCACGCCUUUAAUCUCAGCCACUGAGUUUAAAGGCCAGCCCAGACAGUAAAACCAAGUGUUAAGAAAAUAAACUUGGUUUAAAAGGCCUAUUAGGGCACUCAGAAACAUUUCAUGGUCACUUGUGUAUUGGACAUAUAACCAUGGGAGUGAUUAUUUUUAACUUAGUAUUCCUGUCAACAUUAUUAUAUGGCAUUUAAAACCAGGAACCUUAAAAACCUGUUCUAUCCAUAUGCCCUCAAUUGACUGUUGGGACAUGCUUUUUUUUUUUCCUCUUUAAGUAAAAAAUUAAAUAAAUUACCUUUUCAUGUAUUUUAUAACCAGAUCCAAUUUUUCCAAGUCUUUCUCCUCUAUGAGGUCAGUGCAGUAUCUCACAACCUGCAGGAUGUCUUCUUCCAUCGGAUCUAGGGAGGAGGAAAACCCCAGGUGAGGACCCAGCACGCCUUACAGCUUGUAAUGUUAGACAAGGGGCUCGAGCCAUUGUGCUCAGGUCCUGUUCUCGAAUCACAGAGCUACCACACAAACCUGAGAUAGUAGUGAUCCACUCUUUGAGCAAGGUCUUCACAUCACUGAAUUCCACAGCUCCAGCUAGGUUGGGUGCUGCUGGUCUAAAACAGCUGCUCUGGCCUGGCAGUAAACUAGAUAGGUCCUGUGCACCAGGGGUAGAAGCCGAGACUUCUUCCUGUUGAGGAAGUGAACGAGAAUGCUGUAUUCAGACAGUGUCAAGUACAUUAAAAUCUAGUAACAGUCAGUAUUUUGUUCCAGUUACCAGGGGUCUCUCUGAAGCCAUUCCUUCAUGUUGUAGAAAACCAUCCAUUAACUUCUGGGGGCUUCCAUAUGCCCCUGGCAGAGUUUUUGCAGGACUGCUAAGCAGCUUAUUUUUCAAAGGACUCUUUCUGGGAGAACCAAUGAGGUUCUUCCUCUUGUUCCUCUUGUCUUUCAUUGCUGGUGGCUUUAGCUGAAGUAAAGGAUUCUUUGGCACUAAAAGAGGAGGUAUGAGAGUCUCAAAAUGCAAUCAGGUAAUAAUACCAUUGACUCUUUGUCCUUCCAACCCCCCCUUACAACCAAGAGCAGGAAAGAAGGCCAGGCACGCCGUGGCUUAAGGCAUAAAGUCCUCCGAGCUCAGCUGUACAACUUCGUAUUCUCAUUUAGCAGUUACGUAGGUUUAAUAAAAUGUGUGUUCAGGGACUCAUGUUUUGAGAUUUCAUGUUUUGAACCCACAUUCUUUCAAACAGCAGUCUCAAAGGACAAGUAGCUUGACUUGUAUCCAAAAAUACUAAGACCAGCACAAGUACCAACCAGCAGUGACUUACAGCACUCGCUACUCGUCUGCCUUGAUCACUUCAGACACUCUCUAGGAUGAACAGUUAUAACACAAUGAUGUCAUCACCCUAGUCCCUUUUUGGGACAUGACAGUUCUCUCCUCUUACCAGAUGUACUGGUUGGCUGCUGAUGAGUAGUGUCCUCUCCCUGCCUUUGUCUUUGAUCAUAUGCUGCUUUCAGCUCCUUUUGAAGCUCAGCAGGAAGGGCAGCAAAGACAUCAGGGUCCACCUAGUACAAGGAAAGUCACACCUAAAUUAAUUCUGGAGGACAGCUAGACUGUUUUCAAAUCACUUUAACAGGUCCUUAAACAGCAAAGCUAGGACAAAACCUUCCAAGACACUGGAUAUGAGCAAUCCAAUUUCUGUGCUAACUAAUCAGAACAAGACACUCGGUUACAAAAUGGGAAGCCAAAAACACAUGGACACUUCUGGGCAUCUUCCCCUAUUCAGGAGGUCUCAUGAUCUGUGUGAACCAGUAAAGUCAACAAAGAGUGUCUUCCAGAAUCUUUAGGGACCAACACCUGCCUCCCACAUCUCUUCCCUCUGGUGCUGAGGUGCCAACCACUGUCUGCAGAAGUGCAAGCUCCUCAGGAAUUAGAUAGAGGAGAGGACAGGUGAGAAAAGCAUGACUGAAGGUCCCUGACAUCAACGUACUUGUGAGAAUGCUGGAAGGGCAAUUACACUAAUCUUGCUGUCACUAUUACAAGGUUCUUGAGGCUCUGGGAUCUGUAAUAAAACUGUUCCAACAGGAUGUGGCAACACCCCUGAACUGCAGCCAUUUACUGGUUCUUUCUUCUUUCCACGUGGCUCUCCCUGCUGAGCGGCACAAACUUGUUCUAUUUGUUCCCGGAGAUCAAGUGGGAGCGCUUCUAAAACAGACUGGUCAAUCUGUAAAAUACCAAAUGUGAACUUGAUGCUCAGAAAUAAAAGUUUCAGGAACAGU